CAGAGGUGCCAGGGUUUGCUCUUUCAGUUCCGGUCACAGCCACCAUACCGGGGAUGAUCUGGGAGCUGUACCUGCUGCUUCUGCUGGGACUGGGACUCAGGUCCCAGGAGGCCCUGCCCCCACCCUGUGAGAGCCAGAUUUACUGCCAUGGGGAACUCCUGCACCAAGUUCAGAUGGCCAAACUCUACCAAGAUGACAAGCAGUUUGUUGAUAUGCCACUCUCCGCAUCUCCAGAUGAAGUGCUGCAGAGUUUCAGACAGCUGGCCAUGACACACAACAACAGCAUCCCCAGGGAAGAGCUUCAGAAGUUUGUCCAGACACACUUCCAGCCUGUAGGGCAGGAGCUGCAGCCCUGGACCCCAGAGGACUGGAAAGAGAGGCCUCAGUUCCUACAGAAGAUCUCAGAUGCCAGGCUGCGUGACUGGGCAGGGCAACUGCACCAGAUCUGGAAGAAGCUGGGAAAGAAGAUGAAACCAGAGAUUUUCAACAACCCUGAGAGGUUCUCCCUGAUCUACUCAGAACACCCCUUCAUUGUGCCUGGAGGGCGUUUUGUUGAAUUCUACUACUGGGACUCCUACUGGGUGAUGGAAGGUCUGCUUCUCUCUGAAAUGACCUCAACAGUGAAGGGCAUGCUGCAGAACUUUCUGGAUCUGGUGAAGACCUACGGACAUAUCCCCAAUGGUGGACGUGUGUAUUACCUGCAACGGAGCCAGCCCCCACUCCUGACUCUCAUGAUGGAUCUGUAUGUGACUUACACCAAGGACAUCAGCUUCCUGAAGGAGAACAUUGGAACCCUAGCCUCGGAACUGGACUUCUGGACCGUGAACAGAAGUUUCUCUGUGAGCUCAGGAGGAAAAAACUAUAUCUUGAACCGUUAUUAUGUCCCUUAUGGGGGACCCAGGCCGGAGUCCUACAGCAAGGAUGAAGAACUGGCAAACACUGUGCCGGAAGGGAACCGAGAGACUUUGUGGUCGGAGCUCAAGGCUGGGGCUGAGUCUGGCUGGGACUUCUCUUCACGCUGGCUUGUCGGAGGCCCGAACCCUGAUUUACUUAGCAGCAUCCGAACCAGCAAAAUGGUACCUGUUGACCUGAAUGCUUUCCUGUGCCAAGCAGAGGAGCUGAUGAGUAACUUCCACUCUAGGCUAGGGAAUGAUGCCGAGGCCACAAAGUACAGAAACUUGCGGUCCCAGCGCUUGGCCGCCAUGGAGGCCGUCCUGUGGGACGAGCAGAAGGGAGCCUGGUUCGACUAUGACUGGGAAAACGGGAAGAAGAACCUGGAGUUUUAUCCCUCCAAUCUCACCCCGCUCUGGACUGGCUGCUUCUCAGACCCUAGUGUCAUUGACAAGGCUCUGAAAUACCUGGAGGACAACAAUAUCUUGACCUACCAGUAUGGGAUCCCGACCUCUCUUCGCAACACAAGCCAGCAAUGGGACUUCCCCAAUGCCUGGGCGCCCCUGCAGGAUUUAGUCAUCAGAGGUUUAGCCAAGUCAGCGUUUCCUCGGACUCAGGAGGUGGCUUUCCAGCUGGCCCAGAACUGGAUCAGAACCAACUUCAAAGUCUACUCCCAAAAGUCAGCAAUGUAUGAGAAGUAUGACAUCACCAACGGCGGACAGCCAGGUGGAGGAGGGGAGUAUGAAGUUCAGGAAGGAUUUGGUUGGACCAAUGGACUGGCACUGACACUUUUGGACCGCUAUGGUGACCGGCUGACCUCAGGAACCCAGCUAGCUUCCCUGGGACCCCACUGCCUCCUGGCGGCCCUUCUCAUCAGCUUCCUGCUACAGUGACCACAAGGAGAAGAAUGGCCUCACUGUGUGCAUUUCCUCCUCUGGCCCCACCCCCACCCCCCAGCUGUCCUGCUCAGUGCACCAGGGCCAGAAGUGAUCAGGAGAUCAAGAUUAGGAACUGAAUUCCUACCUGUAACCUUCACUAGGGUGGAAAGCCCUACUCUUGGGAAAACCCAGUCCAAAUGUCUGAAGCAGCCCACUGGGAACCACAUACAACCUGGGCUUCCACAGA